GGUAGCUGAAAAGAAGGCAUAACGAUGGAGUAUCUGUUUCCAGGGAUGUGGUCCGCUCUAGCCAGCCUCAUGCUCUUCUGGCCCGCGGUCCGCCGGUACCUACCGUAUAGUCUCGAUGACCACUUGAUGAAAUACGCCAAUAUUUUGUUUGGAUACAUCUACCCUUACAUCAAUAUCAAGAUCCCAGAAUACAACGGCGAGCUAUUCAAGCGCAGCGAUUCCUACGUUGCAAUCCAGACCUACCUAGCGUCCACUACCUCCGGGACGGCCAAGAGGCUCAAGGCCGAGAUGGGCAAGGACGCCAAAAACCUUACCUACAGCAUGGACGACCACGAGCAAGUUACUGACAAGUUCCGUGGGGCCAUGUUUUGGUGGUCAUCCAGUAGGGCGGUCGCAAAGUCGAUGAGCAUAUCUUGGUUCCCCUCACAGGAGGAACCACGGUAUUACACCCUCACAUUACACCGAAGGCACCGCCAGCUUGUCAUGGACUACUACAUGAGCUACGUUGUGGAAGAAGGGAAGGCAAUCGAGGUGAGAAACCGGCAGAGAAAGCUGUAUACCAACAGCCCCAGUAGCAACUGGUAUGGCUACAAGAAGACUCUGUGGAGCCACGUGGUGUUCGAGCACCCAGCAACAUUCCACACGCUAGCCAUGGACCCAGACAAGAAGAAGGCGAUCAUCCAAGACCUUGUGAUGUUCAGCAAGGCUAAGGACUACUACGCCAAGAUUGGCAAGGCGUGGAAGAGGGGGUACCUCCUCUACGGGCCACCUGGCACUGGGAAAUCUACGAUGGUUGCGGCCAUGGCCAACUUCUUGGACUACGAUGUGUACGACCUGGAGCUGACGGCUGUCAAGGACAACACAGAGCUGCGAAAGCUCCUCAUAGAGAUCACCAGCAAGUCGAUCGUCGUCAUUGAAGACAUUGACUGCUCUUUGGAUCUGUCAGGGAGACGUGAGAAGAAAGUGAAGAAGCCAAAGGACGAUGACCAAGAUGAGAAGAAAGUUCUACCGGAAGCGAGCAAGGAAGAUAGCAGUAGCAAAGUUACUCUUUCUGGGCUUCUCAAUUUCAUCGACGGGCUAUGGUCAGCCUGCGGAGGAGAACGGCUCAUCGUCUUCACGACCAACCAUCUGGAAAAGCUGGAUCCUGCCCUAAUACGAAGAGGCCGGAUGGACAAGCACAUUGAACUGUCAUACUGCAGCUUCAAUGGGUUUAAAGUGCUUGCCAAGAACUACCUGGACCUUGAUUCGCACCCUCUAUUUGAUGACAUCCAUCGAUUGAUGGAAGAGGCCAAAAUCACCCCUGCAGACGUUGCUGAGAACCUGAUGCCCAAGUCCAAUCCUCACAGCCAAUGAAAAUGCCGAAGCUUGCAUCGAAAAACUGAUUCAAGCUCUCCAAAACGCCAGGGAAGAAGUGAAAUCCAAGGCCAAGGAAGA